GCAAAACAUGGAAUCCUCUCAUCUCAUCCAAUCAUUUUGUUAUGUCUUUCAAUCAUAUUCGCCAUGACCCAUCCCUUCCUCAGAAUCCUCCUGAUUCUUAUCAAGACUUGUAUGGGCUUAUCCUCAAACUUAAUCAUUAUCGUUCUGAUCACCACUUGUAUGGGAUUGUUAAGUUUCAUAGCUUUGGACUACAACAUGGUGGAGGAUGGUCACUUUGAUCCUGGGAUAUAUAUAUGGAACCUCGAGGACUAUGACAUGGGGGUGUGGAGUCUGGUGCACAAAAUUCACACCCCAAUUAUGAAAUUUUAUGUCAUUGAACGAGAUUUUGAAGAUGCAAUGGGCAUUAUCACGGCAAAGUAUAUGCACAUAGAUGGGAUUGCCAUCUGCAAGUUGCAUGAUUCUUCUCUAUGGCUUUGCAACACCCAAAACGGAGCCAUGAUUCUAUUGCACAAGUUUGCCCCUGCUUUAAAUGUGCCUCGCCUUACUGUCCAUCCGGUUGUUAAUCAGUUGUGGCCAACACCAGUACCACCACUGUUGCCUUUGCGGCCUUGCACGGGCAAGGAUUGUGGGAAUACCAAUACUACUGGAAAACUGAAGAAAGAGAGGGAAGCAUAGAGUUCACCUACUUCGAGGAUCUAUUUAUAUGCCGAAGUUUCCUUUUUUUUUUUUAACUCUCUGAAAUGGGUGGUUACUACUUCAGUCAUCCAUUAACUUUUGUUUGUGUAUGCUUUUUUAUAUGGUCUAUUUGAUAAGAUAAAAUAUUUUUGUCAUU